UUAAGAGUUUCAAACUCUUGACCUCAAGAGUAAAAACUGAUGCUUUAUCCACCCGACCACCACAAGAUUUUGUAUAUUUAAUCUGAAAACAUAUAUAUUUCGAGCAGUAGCGAUUGAUAAAGGUAUAUUUUUCUAUCCCCCAUUGUCAGUCACUCCCUCGAAUGAAAUAAUUAAUCUACAGAAAACAAAAUUUUUGCAAUGGAUAGUCUUCCACCGCCGGUGCAGUGAAAGCUCGCUGAUUGGGGUUCAGUUUCCUGCUCGGACGGUAAGUAAAGAAGAAGAAAUUGGAUGGAGUGGUAGAACUCGGCCCUUACUAUUUUAGGAGGUGUAAAAAGGUGAAUCCGACAAACAUAGAGUCUCUGUUGGAGGAGCUGUUGAUAGAAAUCCUGGUACGUCUCUCAACUGAUGAUCUUUACGCCAAUGUAAGGCUGGUGUGUCGCAGAUGGUACCAUCUAAUCCAUUCCAAACCUUUCGUGUACGCACACCUUAACCAUACUAGUUAUGGACUUCUUCUCUCAAAAUCCUCGGGAAUUUUUAUAACUGCAACAACACAAGGCCGAAUUGAAGUAUCUAAGUUAAAUUACGAAAUCAAGUUCCCACAUAUCUCUAGUUGUAAUGGUUUGACUGUGGGGUUCGAAUUCUGUGAAAAGUUUGUUCCGUUUAUUGUGAAUCCUACUACAAAGUGUCGCUUCAGCCUCCCUCCAUUGCCUGUUAAAGUAAGGUUUGGUUUCCUCGGGAUAGCUUGUGCUGCAGCUUCCAUGGAGUAUAAAGUGGUCCUAACAUAUCUUGAGUCAACGAUUUGUAAAUGUGCUAUAUUAACUGUUGGAGUCGACAAGACUUGGAGAUGUGUCACCAUUGAUCAAUCAAUUGACAUCUUACGGACUCCGCUUGUCAUUCAAGGAUUUAUGCUCUGGGUUUUAGAAAGGACUCGUAUCAUGACAUUGAAUGUGGAGACUGAAGUUAUGAGAGAGAUUCAUGUCCCCAUUUUUCCUCCAGAUUAUGACGAGAGGAUGCACGCGUAUUCUUAUCGUUCAACAGGGAGGUAUCUCUCUCUGUUGCUUAGCUAUGGACAUUUGUUGUGGCAAGUUUGGGAGAUGAAACCGGAAACUGGGGAAUGGAGAAAGCUGUUGCGCGACAUUGACCUGACAGCUCAUAAGUGUAGAAUCCAAGAGUUUGCUUCGGAGAGUGUGUAUUCCCUUUACAUAGUUGGUUGGGUUAAAUAUCCGGAGGUGUUUGCGUUUGUUUUCGGGGGGUUUUGUCGCUUUUGCUUUAUCUACAAUGUUGAUGCAGAUGAAUUCCAGUCCAUUGAUUUACCUAAUUCUGCUAGUUCCUUCGGGUAUGUAGUGCAUAGGAACAGCCUCGUGUGGUUAAGUUAAGGGCUUCUAUUCUGUUUUUUUGUCACUAUUUCAAUGUGUUGUUUGAGGGAUCUUUAAUUUAUAAACAUUAGUUUCUUUCAUGUCAUCAAACUUGUAGCUGCUACAUUGGACAUGUUAUUCAUAGUAUGCAUUUCAGAUGUUGUAAGUGACAUGUGAAGCAUCCAGUGGUAAAUUAUUACUUCUUUAGAAACAUGUACACGUCUCUAUUCAUUCCUUAUACAAUAGUUGUUUGUAAUCUUUCGCAGCAGCUUCUUCAUUUUCUUAUUCUACUUGUUUUCUUUUUUCUUUCUUUUUGGGUUUGUUAUCUAUUUUUUCUAGUAAUGGUUAACUUUCUUCUUUGUUGUUUUGAGUGUUUUGACUAAUUGAUAUUUGAUAGCAGCACCUUUCAUUCUGUUUGUGGCUUUAGGCAAGCUUAUGACAUGUUCAGAUGCAUUCAAUGUUAAUUAUCUUUUCUAUCAAGUCUUUGAGGAAACUGGCAUGUGGUGAUCAGAAAGCCCUUUUGAUGUAUGAAUGUGUAAAACAUCUACAUCUACUAAUUACUUAUUAGAGAUGGUGAAAUAGAGAAUGAGUUAUGAGUUUAGUCCUAUUUACAUGGAUUCUCCUAGAUAUACAAAUUAACCUUUCGACUUCUCAAUUUUGUAGACCAGUUUGCAGCAUACCAUGGGUAAAAGAAAACUGGAUGAUAGUUCCUUUAGCUUUAAAUGAAAGAGGGUUCUAUUUUGUUAAGUUGUUAAAAGAUUAUUAUCGAACUUAUAGUUUAGGUCUUACUGGCCGGACAUUCUGAAUAUAUUGUUAUGAUUGCAAACUUAUAUAUGUUUGUUUUAGGUGCAUUUAAUUUGUUGUUUUGAUCCAUACAAUAGAAUUCUAAUUAAAUGCUAUUAUACUCUUCCCAUAACAUCUUCAGUUGCAUGACGAUUUGGAGGUGCCAUACAUUUAUAGCUUUAUUGCUUGAACUUGAAGACUUUAGUCUUGAGUUUGUAUAAUUUGCAUUAGAUUUCGACAUAAGGGGAAUAAGCUUUGAACAGGUUACUCCACCAACCAUACUUGAAUUACAAUGUCAAACUUAUAAUAACAUCUACUAUCAUUUACCAUUUGUACCUCUAUAAUGCACAAGAAUAUUUUUAUAUUUCUUGUCACUAUUUCAAUGUGUUGUUUGAGGGAUCUAUUCUGUUUUCUUGUCACUAUUUCAAUGUGUUGUUUGAGGUAUCUUAAAUUUAUAAACACUGUUUUCUUUCAUGUCAUCAAACUUGUAGCUGCUUCAUUGGACAUGUUAUUCAUAGUAUGCAUUUCAGAUGUUGUAAGUGACAUGUGAAGCAUCAAGUGGUAAAUUAUUACUUCUUUAGAAACAAUACUGAAGUCAGUAUCUAGACUCAUACUGAAGAAAGUAAAUUGAAGUGAUCAGUGAAAUCGAAAUCAGUUUGAGAUUGGUUUUGUUCUUGGAUCAACAAUCACGCCUUUCUCUCCAUUUACUUCAAGAUCAUGCAUGCAUCACAUAAUAUUCGUUUGCAAGACAUCAUUGCAGCGCCUCACAAACAACUCGGUGAACAGAUGGAAACACAAAAUCUGUAAUGCUCAAUUGCUAGCGAGGUACAUAUCUGAAUAGCUGCAGAAGUCGAUCGAGAUAGUUCACCUUCUUCCACACCUACAAAUAAGAGUGUUUAUUGCAUAAGCUUUAGAGGCAGGUGAAAGAUAUCAUGAAUGCAGUAUUACUUCAUACCACAUUAUCUAUGAAAAGCUGCAUAGCAAAUAUCGUUGCUUUUAGUCCAAAGGUUGGAUGGACAUAUUGCCUGUGUUAGAGAAUGAGGGUCCGAAUCCGCCUGAGAAUGGGGGUCUUGGGAAUUCGGCUGAGGAUGGGGUCUUGAGAAUCCGGCUGAGCCUAGGACUGCUCCUCCUGAGCCUGAGAUCAAUGAGGAGAUUGUUCCUCUUCUCAAUCAGGAGACUGUGAUUGAGAAUGAGGAGACUGCUCCUACUAAGUCUGGGAACAAUCUUGAUCCUGAUGUGAUUGAGAUCAUUGAGGAGACUCACCCUGAACUGAAACUUCAUAAGCAUAUAAGGUUCAUCUUGAGUAAAUAUGGAGAAAGUUUCAUUAUACUAGAAGCCAUGCUUAAGACUUUUUUAGAGGAUCUUCCUACCGUACAUCAUCCGAUGAAAAAAGAUGAUUUUAAAGGAAAAGUCCUUACUUUCCUUGCAGAAAAGUAUGCUUUUGAAGAAAGUUCAUACAAUUAUCAUAACAGUUUCAAUCAUCUAGAACAGUUUCUGAGGACUUUAAUUGAUGUGGAUGUUGAAUUGAAGAUUUUAUUAAAAGAUGAGGAGUACUAUUUUAGCAAAGAACUGACCGUAGAAGAUGUAGAAUGGAAUAAGCUGCUGAUCAAAUUAAAAGAGGAGGUCAAGGUCAAUCAGUCGAGGUAAUACAGUUGUACAUGCAGAACCGCACUGAAAGAUGGUACCUUGAUGGGUAGUAUAUAACGGCAUCUUCACUCCUGAAACAAAUUAAGAGGAAGAGCUUUCACUCCUGAUACAUAUUACAGUGCGGUUGUACAACUGUAUUACCUCGACUGAUUGACUUUGACCUCCUCUUUUAAUUUGAUCAGCAGCUUAUUCCAUUCUACAUCUUCUGCGGUCAGAUCUCUGCUAAAAUAGUAAUCAUCAUCUUUUAAUAAAAUCUUCAAUUCAACAUCCACAUCAAUUAAAGUCCUCAGAAACUGUUCUACAUGAUUGAAACUGUUAUGAUAAUUGUAUAAACUUUCUUCAAAAGCAUACUUUUCUGCAAGGAAAGUAAGGACUUUUCCUUUAAAAUCAUCUUUUUUCAUCGGAUGAUGUACGGUAGGAAGAUCCUCUAAAAAAGUCUUAAGCAUGGCUUCUAGUAUAAUGAAGCUUCCUCCAUAUUUACUCAAGAUGAACCUUAUAUGCCGUUGAAGUUUCAGUUCAAGGUGAGUCUCCUCAAUGAUCUCAAUCACUAUCAGGAUCAAGAUUGUUACCCAGGCUUAGUAGGAGCAGUCUCCUCAUUCUCAAUCACAGUCUCCUGAUUGAGAAGAGGAACAAUCUCCUUAUUGAUCUCAGGCUCAGGAGGAGCAGUCCUAGGCUCAGCCGGAUUCUCAAGACCCCCAUCCUCACGCGGAUUCUCAAGACCCCCAUCCUCAGCCGAAUUCCCAAGACCCCCAUUCUCAGGCGGAUUCGGACCCCCAUUCUCAGACGGAUUCCGCCUGUCACGCACGGUAGACUCAGUUUCCAGAGGAGCAGUCUUCUCAUUCUCAAUCACAGUCUCCUGAUUGAGAAGAUGAACAAUCUCCUCAUUGAUCUCAGGCUCAGGAGGAGCAGAUCUCAUUGGAAAAAUGAGAAUAUAUUCCAGAAACCAUACAUUUUCCUCCCAAUUGGUGGAUCUGACCAUUGGAGCUUGGUUAUUGUAAGCAUGCCAAGUAAAGAAGAUGACUUCGGGCCAAUGAUGCUGCAUUUGGAUUCCUUGCAUUCGGAUUUCCAUAGAUGUCAUGUCAGCGAGUCAAUUUUCAAUAAUGUGAGGAGCUUUCUUGUAGAAGAAUGGGAGUUGCUAAAAAAAGAAGGGCUGCCUGAACUGCCCCUGGCAGAGAAUAUCUGGAAUGAGCUCUCUCAAAGAAUUGGACAGAAAGUACUUAAGGUGCCUCAACAAACAAAUGGAUACGAUUGUGGUCUUUUUGUUCUUUUCUUUAUUGAGCGUUUCAUUAAUGAUGUGCCUGAACGUCUGAAGACUCAGCAUUUGGAUAUGUUACAAAAGGAAUGGUUCAAACCUGAAGAAGCUUCGGAACUGAGAAGCAGAAUUCGCGAUUUGCUAAAACAAGAGUUUAAGGAAGCAAAUGUCAUCCCGACCACUGCUGUGUAGAUUGAAGGAUGAAGUGGAUAUACGGUGAAUAUUGACACAUCCGUCCAGACAGAUUUUGGAACGACUUUUGUACACACCUGAGAAGUGUUAGAAAUGAAGUCUGACCUAACCUAAUUUUAGAAAGUAUCGCGUUGGUGUUAACACAAUAUUGAGGGAAUUUUGAUGUAUAUGAUGGUAGCUACAAUGUAAAGAUUAACAGUUAUCGAGCUUAGGAAUCCACUUCACUAUAAGGAAACUCGCAAUCUUCCACAUACUUUCUUCCCA